GAAGCGCCACCCUGGCGUGGAGGGUUUCGCGGGGGCAUACAGAACCCAAGGCAGAGAGACAAGUUGUAAACCACCACCUAAACCACUGAUGUCUUGACGCCCUCUUCCCUGAGGGGAGCCAGAACCAGGCAGGGGGCUGUCGUGUGCGAGCUGCUACCGGGAACUGUGUGACACCAGCCACCCUCCUCUUGGGGAGCACAGGACUUCUAGCCACCCCUACUGCUUCCUGGCUGCUUUCUCUCAAUCCCCGAAGACCAAGGAGCCUGGGCGCACAGCCUCUUCCUCUCUCCAAGGCCCGGAGUCUGGAUCACCAGCCUGUCCAUCGUCGCCACCCAGGUCCCAGAAACCCAGCACCCCCCACCAUGGAGCCCUGGAGACCCCUGGCUCUGCUUGUCAGCUCCCUGGCCCUGAUAUCCGACCUGGUGGCUCUGAGCACGGAUUUCUGGCUACAUCCACGUGACACAGAGCUUCAGCAUCCUGGCCGCCCUGUGGGGCCUGGUGUCCCUGGGCGCGCUCACCCUGCCCUGCAUCUCCUCAUUGUCUGCCCCAGGCCGCAUUCCCCUGGUCUCCACCAUCACAGGCUUUGCUGCAGCUUUUUUCAUGACAGUUGCCAUGACCGUGUAUACCAUCCAGCAGUGGGGCCAGCCUCAGCACCCCCAGAUCCAGACUUUCUUCUCCUGGUCUUUCUACCUGGGCUGGGUCUCGGCUUUCCUCUCGGUCUGCACAGCAGCCUCCGUGGCAUGGGGGUGAAGCACAGCCUUCAGCGAGGGGGCACCCUGCUCAGCCUCCUGGCCAACAUCCUCAUGGUGCUGUCCGCUGCCACCAACUACUGGAGCCGCUACCCCGACGGCCACAGUGGCCUGUGGCAGGAGUGUCACCAAGGCGUCUGCUCCAUCAGCCCCUGCCAGAGUGAGGCCCGGCUCCUGCGCCGACCGCAGCCCUCGCCACGCCCCGGACCCCGCGCCCACCCACCCCCGGGGGCUGGCGACGCGGCCUCCACAUCCCGCCCCCACGCCCGGCCCUCGGCCAGGCGCUCGCCGCGGGGGCUGACGCGGUCCCUCUCCCCAGCCAUGCUGGCGGUGACGGGGGCGUGCAUGGUGCUGGCGGCGGGCUCCGGCAUCGUGGGCAUGGCGAUGGGGCUCAAGAUCGUGAGCCGCCACGGCGACGCGCUGCGGGGCCAGUCCACGAGCGCCAUCCUCUUCCUCAGCGGGCUGCUUCUGCUCAUCGCCUUGACAGGCUACACCGUGAAAGAUGCGUGGAAGUCCGACGUCUUCUUCUCCUGGUCCUAUUUUGCGGGGUGGCUGGCUUUACCCUUCUCUAUUCUCGCGGGUAACCGGGAAGGCGGGAGCAAGCGGGUGGAGGAGACCCCCCAGGCGACCCCCACCCCUGCCACACUCAGAGCCCCCCCCAGCCGCCCUCCCGGGAGAGCCCACAGCGACCUCCCAGGGACCCCCGCCCCCAUCUCUGCACGACCCGCCGUCUCCACUCCCCGGGGGCCCCAGACCCCGCUCCGGGCCCGCCCUGCCUCCGCUCCGAGACCCACCGCCCCCCUCCCGCCAGGCUUCGGCUUUCUGCUGGCGGACAUGAUCUUGCAGAGCACGGACGCCAUCAGCGGGUUCCCCGUGUGCCUGUGACCGCCGCCUCCUGCGGCAGAAUAAAGGAACGGCUGCCAGCACC